AUGGCAAUGGCUAGAAGUAUGGCCGUGGUCAAAAAACAAGCCGCUGUUUUGGUACAUGAACUCGAAAGUCCUGUAUUAGGAGCGAGAUUAGCUAGGUCGCCAAUCCAAACUGAAGGAUCUUUGUCGAUAUCAGAACAUCUCUCCCUUCGUCCCCCUAAUCAUCUCCCAUCCAACCCCCAAUCUCUCAACCUAUCUCUUCUGAGUGAGAACAUCCCACUGCGACAAACCAACGAAUCUCUCGGAAGCACCCUUACCAAACCAUCCCCCAUCCACGGUGAACCUAUCACCAAACCACCUCUUCCUUCACAAGCUAUCUCACCCGGUCAACUUGGUAAACCUUCGUUACCCAUACAAACUCAAACUCAAAUUGUCGAGUCAAACAUCCUACAUCGUCUUGACCCCAGUGCUAAUCAAAUACUCAACGGCACCAAUACCGAGGCUUCUCAAAUCAUGUCUCGGACGGUAGAUUGCGUGAAGGUAGAAUCGAAAGUCGUUAAAAUACUAGAAGAAGAGACUGGGUUAUCGGUUAAAGAAGCUUUGAGUAAUGCUGGUCAAACUGGUGCAGAAGAGACUUUGGAUGAUAUGGGUGAUGUGGUCAGGGGUUUGGGGGGAUGA